AUGGCAUUUCCCCUGCUCUGUAGAGGACCCAUUCCAAAUGAACUUGAAAUACAGGAUGUUACAGCUUUGGCGCCAGCUCCUUCAGGAGUCUUCCCUGAUGCCUCCCUGCUGGGUUGGAGACAUUACAAGAGAGAAACAGAGGACAUAAGGAAGCUGAUUUCCAUUCUGAAAAGCUUUGUACCUCCUGUCUCCCACAGCCCUUCAGGCCAGCAUCAUGAUACCACCCGCUUUCAUCAACUGUUAUGUCCAGACCCUUCCUGUGAGGUGUGUAAUAGCACAACUGUGGAGGUCAAUCGGCUGCUGUUCCUGGAAGACCUGGAAGAUGAUACCCUCUCUGUGUCCUCUUUGGCUUCCACAGCUUCUGUGACUGAGUCCUCAUUCACUCUGUCCUCUGCCUUCUCAGAAAUCCCUCCAGGAGGCCUAACACCAGCCCCUCCACCUGAGCCUUCCCCAUCACCCCCCUCCAUUCUUUCACCUAACUCAAUGACACCCUUAGCUGACUUUCAUUCGCCCUCACCAAUGGGUCACUCUCUGCUCCCAGAGACUUUUCCUCCCUUGGAUUCUGAUUUCACAAUGGACCAUUCCCCACCCCAACCCCUUGCCUUUCCCCGUCUGCGACCACAUGACACUCAGACAGUGGAUCCUGUUCUCCAACCAGAGGCCAUUUUGUCCAUGCAUACCAUCUUUUCUCUUGACCCAGCCCUUUCCCAAGAUGUCAACGUCUUACGAAAUGUGUCCCAGACAAUGGAUCCCACUGAUUCAUUGACUUAUUAUCACACGCCACCAACCCUGUCUUUUUCACCACCACAAGACAGUGCUUUAACUGUGACUCAAUCCGAUUCAAUUUCUACCUUAUUGAAUCCUGUGCUGGAGAUCUCAUCUCCAGAUAGCCCUGAACUCAUCUCCAGACACCCUGGUGGGUUGUCCACUUAUGUCCCAACAAUCAGAGGCACUGACCGUUCAAGUCUGUCAGUUUCAGAAUUCUCUUCAUGGCAAACUCAUGCCAAAGACUUGUUCGCUUCCACCUUGGCACCAUACGAUCUCAAUCAAGAGUUUCUUGCCAUCCAUUCUUCGGAGGCCUCUUUUUGGGGAGACCCUGCAGCCAACCGUGUAGAGCCUGGAAACCUCUUGUUUCUCAUCCCUGAUGUGCUGGCACUCCUGGAGAGACAAGUCCAACAGAGGAGUGAUUUCCUGAUGUUGAAAGAAAAGGAAAAGAAAAGAGGUUCUUUCCCAAAACAACUUAGGGCACACUACCAAUUAAAUUCUUUAGGGAAAAUGUUGGAGUCAGUUGCUGAUAAGCAUGACUCAGCAUUCUCCCUUCCUUUUUGGAGCAGCAAAGGGAAACCAAAGGAGCUGUUUGUGCACCAGCAGCUUCUAUAUCCUAAGACCUCAGAGGACCAUUUACAGCAAAAAUAUGUGCAGCUCUUCUGGGGUCUCCCAUCUUUGCACAGCAAGUCCUUCCCCUCUGCUGACCAUGUCUCAGUCUUAGAGGUGGCUUCAAUUGACAACGUCAGAUACCAAGGAGGCUUUGAGGCUAAUGGCUGA